CCCUCAACUGCCGAGACUUGUAUUGACGCCCAUUGAAGGACGAAUUCACAUGGCGUGAUGAUAUACGGUUACUUCCCCAGGUUCCAUCCCGGUAUAUGUUUUACUCAAACCCCACAUUCCUGUCGUUCCUGGACUCCCCAUGAACAGCCUGCUCAGGCGUAGCCGUGCGUUCAUUUCUCCUCGACGAACGAUGGCCUCUUCAGCAUCGCGUCAAGCGAACUGGAAAGCGGCCGCACCAGCACCUCUUCCUGGUCCUACCUUUGCAGCCCAGUCAUCGCUCCCAAAACUUCCUGUACCGGAUCUACCCGAUACACUUGCGAAGCUGAAAGAGUCCUUGAAGCCUCUUGCUUGGAGCGAUGCUGAGCUCGCUGAGGUUAACAAGAAGAUCGACGAGUUUGGUUCUGGAGCUGGUGAGGAACUGCAGAAGAGGUUGACCAAACGUCGCGAUGAGACGGCGCACUGGCUAGAGGAGUGGUGGGAUGAUCUAGGAUACCUAACCUACCGAGACUCUGUCAUUGUGAAUGUGUCGUACUAUUAUGGUUUCGAUGACUACCCCGCACACCUGCCUCAGGGCUCUAUCGCCAGAGCAGCAGCCCUUACGCGUGGAGCCAUGCAAUUCCGCCAAUUGUUCAAGCUCGGACAAGUCAAGCCUGAGUCUACCAAAGAGGGACCUAUAUGCAUGGAUACUUGGAGGUGGAUGUUCGACUGCUGCCGAAUUCCAGGCCAACAAGGCGCUGACUGGAGUGUCUCGUAUGCUAAAGAUGGCGAUCGGGGCGACUCGGGCCAUAUCAUCGUACUCCGCAAGGGACGCGUUUGGAAAUUGGAUCCUUGGCAGAAUGGUCGUUUGCUUAGCCUGGCGGAACUUCAACGGCAACUGCAGCACAUCUCGGAUAACACUGCUUCGGAAUACCCUGGUGUUGGCGUUUUGACUGCUUCCAAUCGUGACGUCUGGGCAAAGGACUACGCCAACCUCAUCUCGGAUCCACAGAACGCGUCAAUCGUCGAACAGAUUCAAUCCGCAGCAUUCGUCCUGUCUCUCGACAUCGAGCAGCCAACAGAUCUCGUCUCAUACAGUCGCGCGCUCUGGCAUGGCUCCGUUACCCCUCAUGCCGGUGUUAACAAUAAACCACUCCUCGGGCUCCGAAACCGCUGGGUCGAUAAACCCGUCUCAUUUGUCGUAUUCGAGAACGGUAAAGCGGGCAUAUUGGGCGAACAUUCGGUAAUGGACGGUACACCUACAGUUGCCUUGUGCGAUACCGUGCUUGAUAUGAUCGCGGACCCGACUUGGGACCAAGGCGAACCUACGAAAGAUGCGUCUUUGCCUGUGGCUUUGGAUUGGAAAGUCUCCCCCACCGUGGAGUCUGCCAUCGAGUCUGCGGAGAAAGCGGCUUUGGAGCUGGUCGAGAGCCAAGCGAUGAAUAUCUUGCGAACUCCAUACGGGAAGGCCGCUAUAAAAUCCUUCAAAGUCUCGCCAGAUUCGUGGGCCCAGAUGGUCGUUCAACUCGCUUAUGCGCGUCUUCUCAACUCUAAGGGAUGGAAACGACAGGGAGGAACUUAUGAAGCUGCUACGACCAGGAAGUUCUUCAAGGGAAGGACAGAGGCUAUUAGAGUCGUUUCGAGUGAGAGUGAUGCUUGGGUGAGGAGUAUGGAUGACGAGACUGUUUCGGUUGAAGAGAGGAUGAGGCUUUUUGGAGAGGCGACGAAGAAGCAUAUUGGAUGGGCGAGAAUGGCUGGAAAUGGCUUGGGCGUUGAUAGACAUAUGCUUGGUCUGAGGCAAUCAUUGAAGAAAGAUGAAACCCUCCCAGCAUUGUACUCCGACCCACUCUUCAAACGAUCAAGCAACUGGGUGCUGAGCACUUCAGCUAUCUUCUCUAAACAUUUCGAGGCUUAUGGUUGGGGCGAAGUUGUCCCUGAAGGGUUUGGUGUAGCAUAUAUGACCGGUUUCGAUGGCUAUCUGCAAUAUACCAUCACCUCCAGAACGGAGAUGCCUAAUGCCGAGUUCUGUAAGGAGAUCGAGAAGGCCGCUGAGGAUUUGUAUGCUUUACACGCACAAGCUGGACAAGCUAAGUCUAUGCUGUAGUCACUUGGGUUAAUAGGGCAUUCAAAUGGCCGGUCUGUGAAAGAGUACUUACUUGUAGAAAUAGAAGGGUCAUGUACAAAUACCCUGUGUUCAAUCAACAUAUCCACAACAGACUGUGUAUAUCAUAAUCUGGUAUUUUGUCCAUGCAGCGCAAGUCGACCCUCCAUCAGGUUCCUAG